AUGGUUGCGCCACUAUCAAAACAGAAUGAAGCAAUUGAAUUUACAACAAUAUCAGCAAAUUCAAUUAGAAAUCUCAAGUUAGUUGGGUGGUUGCUAGUGAUUAGUAGCCUGAUUACUUUACUGGUAUUCCUAAUCCUGGAAUCACGGUUCGCCGAUGCUGCUGUGAAAUAUUCCUUCUUCACCUUUAUGUAUGUCACAUCACUUAUUUGUGCCAUAUUUGCACUCAAAGACUGCAGUAAUAUCAUGUUGUAUCCGAUUCUUGUCACAGUGCUGGUAAUUGUCAUAAUUUCACUGUCGGCAUGGAUUUUUGUAUUAUUCAGUAAAUUUUACUGCUCUCAUUUCAAUGACUUCUAUCUUUUGUUUACCUACCACGGAACCAUUUUUUCACAAUGUGAAAUGUACUGGGAUAUUUCGCCAUUACGGUCUGUCCUACUAUUACUGGUAGCGUUCGAAAAGUUGUUCGAAUUUCUCGUUUUUCGCCGUUUGAUGAAAAUUUUUGAGCUGCAACGAUGUAAUAACAUACACUUUUGUGUCACUGAAAUCAACAAAGUUUUCAGCACACGUAAUGACACCGAUGAUGAGAUCAUAGUGUACGAAAGGAUGACAAAAGAACGUCAGAACAGUCACACUGAUUAUGGUAUCAAGCCAACCCCAAAUUCGGUCCGUUCAAUUCAAAUUCAAUAA